GAAGCGGGAGGAUGGUUACAGUAAAUAGCGCCGGCCGGGUAAAGCAUGAAGCUGUACUGUUUGUCGGGGCAUCCAACCUUGCCAUGCAAUGUGCUCAAGUUCAAAUCCACCACUAUCAUGUUAGACUGCGGACUGGAUAUGACAUCUACCCUCAAUUUCCUCCCGCUGCCACUGGUUCAGAGUCCCAGGCUGUCCAAACUCCCUGGCUGGGUUUUAAAAGAUGGAAACACUUUCCUAGACAAGGAACUAAAAGAAUGUUCUGGCCAUGUGUUUGUAGACUCUGUACCUGAAUUCUGUUUGCCAGAGACUGAGCUGCUAGACCUGUCUACGGUAGAUGUCAUCCUGAUCUCAAACUAUCACUGUAUGAUGGCAUUGCCCUACAUCACAGAGUAUACUGGAUUCACUGGAACGGUGUAUGCCACUGAGCCCACUGUUCAGAUUGGCAGACUUCUCAUGGAAGAGCUGGUGAAUUUUAUUGAACGUGUGCCAAAGGCUCAGUCUGCCUCCUUGUGGAAGAAUAAGGAAGUGCAGCGGCUGCUGCCUGCCCCUCUGAAAGAUGCAGUGGAGGUGUCUACGUGGAGGAGGUGUUACACCAUGCCCGAAGUGAACUCUGCACUCAGCAAGAUCCAGCUGGUGGGGUAUUCUCAGAAAAUUGAGCUGUUUGGUGCUGUGCAGGUUACUCCUCUCAGUUCCGGCUAUGCACUUGGAAGCUCCAACUGGAUUAUACAAUCACAUUAUGAAAAGGUGUCCUAUGUUUCGGGGUCCUCGCUGCUCACAACACACCCGCAGGCCAUGGACCAGGCUUCUCUUAAAAACAGCGAUGUUCUCAUUCUGACAGGGCUUACCCAGAUUCCCACCGCUAACCCAGACGGCAUGGUGGGGGAGUUCUGCAGUAACCUGGCUAUGACUGUCCGGAAUGGAGGAAACGUCCUGGUUCCAUGUUAUCCUUCUGGAGUGAUAUAUGACCUGCUGGAGUGUCUAUAUCAGUACAUCGACUCUGCAGGACUCUCCAAUGUCCCCUUUUACUUCAUCUCACCUGUUGCCAACAGCUCCCUGGAGUUCUCCCAGAUCUUUGCCGAGUGGCUGUGUCAUAAUAAACAGACGAAGGUGUAUCUCCCGGAACCUCCCUUUCCUCAUGCUGAGCUCAUUCAGACAAACAAACUGAAGCACUAUCCCAGUAUCCAUGGAGAUUUCAGCAAUGAUUUCAAACAGCCGUGCGUUGUGUUCACUGGACAUCCCUCCCUCAGGUUUGGGGAUGUGGUGCACUUUAUGGAGCUGUGGGGAAAAUCUAGCCUUAACACUGUUAUAUUUACGGAGCCUGACUUUUCUUAUCUGGAGGCUCUGGCUCCUUAUCAACCUCUGGCUAUGAAAUGCGUUUACUGCCCCAUCGACACGAGACUGAAUUUUAUUCAGGUGUCCAAGUUACUCAAAGAAGUCCAGCCUCUCCAUGUGGUUUGUCCAGAGCAGUACACCCAGCCUCCACCCACCCAGUCCCAUCGCACAGACCUGAUGAUAGACUGCCAGCCGCCGGCAAUGUCCUACCGCCGAGCAGAGGUGCUGACUCUCCCAUUCAAGCGGCGCUACGAGAAGAUUGAAAUCAUGCCAGAACUUGCAGAUUCACUGGUGCCCUUGGAGAUUAAACCUGGCAUUUCCUUAGCAACCGUUUCUGCUCUGCUGCAUACUAAAGACAACAAGCAUGUGCUUCAGCCCCCUCCAAAACCCGCACAGCCCCCAGCCAGCAAGAAGAGAAAGCGGGUGAGUGACGACGCCCCAGAAUGCAAACCUUUAAAGCCGUUGCUGAGUGGCUCCAUUCCCAUGGACCAGUUUGUACAGACCCUGGAGAAGCAUGGUUUCAGCGAUGUGAAGGUGGAGGACACAGCAAAGGGACACAUUGUGCUCUUGCAAGAGGCAGAAACCCUCAUUCAGAUAGAAGAGGAUUCAACGCACAUCAUCUGCGACAAUGACGAAACGCUCCGGGUCAAGUUGCGGGACCUGGUUCUCAAAUUCCUUCAGAAAUUCUAGCGCUUCCCCGACGGAGAUCCGGCCAGCCUCUCCUGAACGAGGAGAGCAAAGCAGGCCUGUGAGAUGACAAAACUCCAGAGAAAAAUGGAACCGCUUCCCCUGGGGGAGCCGCAGAGAGCACCUCUCUGAUUUCAUAAAGAGCCAGAAAACGUCUCCCGCGUGAGGAAAAGGGGGGAGUAUUUUAUAGAUAAUUAAUUUUAACCAACUUUUUGCAACCUUUCAAACCAAUUCCCUUGCUGUAAAUUUGGGUUUAGAGCCCCUCGGUAAGAAUUGCAAAAUAAAACAUCUGCUGUAUGUUUUCACCCAGGUGAAAAUGCUACCUAGAAACACACAGCUGGCCCGGGUUACGCUCAACACCCUGAUCGUCUGCCUGAAAAAGCGCAUUGCAGAAGUCUGCCCAUGUGGCGCUCAUUACUGGACGGGGAGCGGGAGGGGAAGGGUGUAGGUUAUUUACUUUUUACCAUCUGUGCUGUCUAUUUCCUUUUGCUCUGAUUGGCCAGUUAAACCAGUCCGUUUUAUUUUCUGAUCCUUUCUGCAUUUGCACCAUGGUGCAGUCACGUUUUCAUUCCCCGCACUGGGGUGGGGCGGGGGGAUAUUUAUCAUCACUUGAGGCCAAACUUUUUUUUUUAAAAAGAUGGAUGCCUAAAACUAGUCUCUUGGGUUUGAAGUUAGGCCCUUAAAAAAGUACCCUGAUUUCCCCUCCGCCCUUAAAAGGUCAGUGCCCCCAGCAGCUCAUGUUGAAGUUGCUGGUAGUUCAGAGAAGUUGAGCUCCUUUGACCAUCAAGGUACUUAUUUGGGUGCCUAAAUAUGGACUUAACAGCAUAAGUUUAGAGGGAGUUAGGACUCCGCUCCCAUUGUGCUUAACUCUUGUUUGAUCCUUCUCAAAACCUCCCCCGUGAGCCUUAAUUUUCAGAAAUCUUGGCCUGAAAUUUUAACAAUCACGUGACCAAUUCCAUUCAGAGCAGGGUUUAUGAAACUUUUCCCCCCUGCGUGUGGGGGUCUAAACUCAAUUAAUAGUGCCACGUUUGAAAGCAGCCAGUUUAUCAAAUUUCACACCAUUGUUUCCGAAUGGGAUUUUUGUAGUUAUUUGGCGUUCAAAAAACCAUAGAAGAAUGCCAAAGCAGGGGCAGUUUCUGUGGUUUGUCAAAGCACGUGCUUGCCCAUACCACAUUUUGUGCGCAUGUACAUACGUACGUACACUUGGAAAAUACAUUCACUUUAUGGCCUGUAGGAGAUUAAAGCAGUACAAGAGCAGUUCCAUAAUAAAAAGUAUUUAUUUAUGCUA